UAUAAAUAAAUUGUUAACUCUUUAGACUAAUUAAUUAAUUAAACAAUGUAUCUAAAAAUUAUUACCAUAUUAUUAAUAGCAAUUAACUAUAAUUAUAUUGAAUGUGACUACAGAUGUCCGGCCGGUUGGGAUGCAUAUGACGAUCAACUCAAGUGUCUAAAUAUAAUCACCGAUUCACUGGUAACCUAUGACAAUGCUGUUGAUAUGUGUGCACAGUUGGCUCCGGGAUCAACACUGUUGACAAUACAUUCACCAGAGGAACAGGACUAUUUGACUGACUAUUUAUUUAAUCAAAAUAAACUAGUUAAUUCACUAUGGUUGGGUGGCCAGGUCAAACAAAAAAUAAUUACCUGGAUGGAUAAUUCAAAUGUAACCUAUACUAAUUGGCUAACAGAUAGACCACAAAACUCUAGUGAUGUUAAUUGUGUUGAAAUGCAAUCGGAAAUUUUACGUCAAUUAUCGGUUAACAUAUCUAAUAAUAGUAAUCGAGGUAAAUGGUAUGAUACGGUUUGCGAAAAACGUAGCAUGGUAGUUUGUCAAACAAUGCAAUCGAUGGCUGAAAGUGAUCUGGUAAAAUUAAUUUGGGAAACUAGAAAAUUAGCUGAUAGUUUAGACAAAAAAUUACUUGAUGAAAUUUUGAAAAAUUCGAAACAACAAAAUCAACUAGAUGAACUAGCUAGAAACUAUACUGAUCUAGUACUAAAUCCCGUACCCAUUGGUUUUAUAUACACCCAGCUAUCUGGUCAACCCAAACCAUCMGAUAUAUGGCMACAAGUUAACUGGCUUGAAGUGACCCGUAAUUAUUCGGGAUUAUUUUUCCGGGCCGAAGGUUCGGGUUCCGGCCAGUUUGGUCAGAUACAGUCAAGUAAUCAAUCGGUAAUUUCUACUGUUAUGGCAUCAAGUUACGAUGAUGGAGGUAGAAAUGCCCAAGAUAAAAUUAUUAAUAUAAACUAUAAUGGUACUUGGUCGGAUAAUUUUCGAUAUGAAUAUAAAGUAAUCUAUGAUUUAAAAUUCUAUGGAACUUCGGGUGAAAUUAGACCCCGAAAUACAGCCAUUAGAAUAUUUAAACGAAUUUGAAUUAGA